AAUCCUGUCUUCUCCCUUUCACACCAUAUUACGCUCAGGAGAGAAAACUUCUGGAACUUUACUAUUUGGGCUGUCAAUGUGUGCUACCUUAGCUCAGAAGCGGGAUACUAUCUUCACCACCAGGGUCUGCCUCAGCUAUCUCCACUACCAGGGUUUGCAUCAGAUAUCUCCACUACCAGGGUCUGCCUCAGAUAUCUCCACUACUGGGGUUUGCAUCAGAUAUCUCCACUACCAGGGUCUGCCUCAGAUAUCUCCACUACCAGGGUCUGCAUCAGAUAUCUCCACUACCAGGGUCUGCCUCAGAUAUCUCCACUACCAGGGUCUGCCUCAGAUAGCUCCACUACCAGGGUUUGCAUCAGAUAUCUCCACUACCAGGGUUUGCAUCAGAUAUCUCCACUACCAGGGUCUGUCUCAGAUAUCUCCACUACCAGGGUCUGCCUCAGAUAUCUCCACUACCAGGGUCUGCCUCAGAUAUCUCCACUACCAGGGUCUGCCUCAGGUAUCUCCACUACCAGGGUUUGCAUCAGAUAUCUCCACUACCAGGGUCUGCCUCAGAUAUCUCCACUACCAGGGUCUGCCUCAGAUAUCUCCACUACCAGGGUCUGCCUCAGAUAUCUCCACUACCAGGGUCUGCCUCAGAUAUCUCCACUACCAGGGUCUGCCUCAGAAAUCUCCACUACCAGGGUCUGCCUCAGAUAUCUCCACUACCAGGGUCUGCCUAAAGUAUCUCCCAUCUUAUCUAUUUAUUUGGCUUUUUGUUUGGGAAAGAAGAGUUCAGUGCUUGUGGUUUAACGCUCUCUACUUGGUCCUCAAGAAGUGGACCCUAUUUGAACCAUCUAAAUCGGUCUGUGAUUGGCUGUUUCUCAGUAAGGGUGUUCUGUACUGUACUGUGCCUCAGAGGCUAAACAGCCAUGUACAAAAGCAGUUACUCCCAGGCCAAGUUUGGCUUGGAGGCCAGGAGGAAGAUCCAGAAGCCCAGAGGGAAGAGCUGUGGCUACUACAUGAGGGUUGUCUUCUUCUUCUCCUCUCUGAUCCAGUCACUCAUCAUCGUCAGCCUGGUGCUCUUCCUGGUCUACGGGAGCUCCCCAGACGCGGCGGCUGAGAGCCGGGUCAAGGACCUGGAGAAGAGCUUCAACCACCUCUCCAUUGACAACAUCAACCUCCGGCAGCAGGGAAAGAACCUGACGAAGCUCCUGAAUGCCACCCUGACUGACAAGAUGCGCAACGACAAAUAUAUGAUGAGUCUGCGUCAGGUGGCAAACGGGUCUGGCAUGUUCAUCGCCAAUCUCAAAGGACUAGUGACUCAGUGUGAAAAUGAUAAGGGAAGAUGUCAGAUCCAACUUAGAAUGAGCCAAUGCUUCAGGGCCAUGCCCCCAAAUGAAAACCAGGUCCAGCAGCUGGAGCAGUUGCUAAAGCUAGUGAGCUCCAACUUCAGUCAGACGGUGCAGUUCAUGAAGAUGGAGAUGGAGAACACAGCCAUGGACCGGGACACCCUGACCCUGGAGGCCAUUUCCCUCCGGAGGGACAAGACCUUCCUGCAGAGACAACUGGAGGGCUACAGGAAGAAGUGCAAGGAGGACUUUGUCCAAUCCCUGGCUGGUAUCUCCGACGUCUCUAAAGCCUUCCUGUUGAAGAUCAACAACCUUCUGCCCAAUGUCAGCCCCUUCCUGCUCACCUGCGAGAAGCAGCUCCACCACCUGGACCAGAUCCGCAACAACUGCACCGGUCUGUCCCGCGAGGUGGAGAACAAGUUCCAGCAAUACCUGAACAAGGUGGGCUCUCAGAUGUCAGAGAUUGAGGAUUGCAGUGCCAGGCUGCAGGCAGAUAAAGACCAGCUGAAGGAGGUCUACAACUGGUGCAGCUACAACCGCAGUGCCAUGGCCCUGGAGCACCGCGAGAAGCUUCAGAAGACCCAGGAGAAAUACGACCGAGAGACGGAGAGGCUGCUGAUGGAUAGCAGAAGGCUGCAGGGGGACAAGGAGCUACAGGAGACGGCAAUGAAGGUGAAGGAGGGCGAGAUCGGCAUUCUCAAGGACAAGAUGAAUAACCUCAACACCUCACUGGUCAACUGUGGCUCCAGAACCGGAAUGGGUAACCCAGGAAUGUCCGGAGCAAAUCAGACUGGACCCUGGAGUAGCAGGCAUGGGAUGGGUGACCCUGGCUCAACUGGGAAUGGGUUUGGCAGGGCAGGGUCAAGCUCAAGAGGGCUUGAGUCCACUGGGAUGGGUUCAAAGCCAGGCUCAACUAACCAAUUUGGUAAUAAAGGAAUGGGAAGGACAGGGUCAAGUUCAAGUUCUACUGCAUUGGGUUCGUUAGGGCCAGAAAAAGUGUGGGCAGGUCGAACAGGGACAGGCGCGACAGGAGAGUUGGGUGCAAUGGGUUACACAGGGAUGGGUGAGGCAGGGUCGAGUGCAACAGGGCAGGGCAACAGGGGGCCAACCAAAAUGGGUUUGGAGGCUACAGGUGGGUGGGGUUCCACAGGAAUGGGUAACACAGGGAUGGGUAACACAGGACACGGCAACACAGGACUGGGUAGGUCCGGGUCAAGUGCUUCGUCAUCAUCAGGCGCCACAAGGAUGAACGGUUCAGGAAUGGACGGCUCGAAAGGUUUAGCACAUAUCAAUCAACACUUACGAGAACUGCAGCAGUAUUCUAAUGCCGACUCCGGCUCAGAAGUCUCUGGGUAAUCCAUGAAAUUUCAGAGGAAAAUGGAGGAAAACCUAUAAAACCCAGUCUCCUCAUAUUGAGUUCUGGUUUGUCAAUAUACAGUACCAGUCAAAAGUUCACCUACUCAUUCCAGGGGUUUUCUUUAUUUUUUACUAUUUUCUAUGUUGUAGAAUAAUAGUGAAGACAUCGAACUAUGAAAUAACACAUAUAGAAUCAUGUAGUAACUAAUUUUUUUAACAAAUCUGUUUUCAAUGUACUGUAUAUACUUUUAUUAAAAACUAAGGAGUA